GGUAGGAUUAGCGCAGGCGCAUUGUGUAGGAGUGGGAUCGGAGAUGCUGGUGGCUGGAGCUCGGUUCGGAGCCCGGCUCCGUCUGCAGCCUGAGGCCGUCAGACGGUUACAUCGCAACUACAGUCAGGACCAUGGCGGCACGGAAUCGCUAAAGAAGACGGUACUAUAUGAAUUCCAUCGGAAUAAUGGAGCUCGGAUGGUGGAAUUUGCGGGGUGGAGUAUGCCUGUGCAGUACAAGGAAAGUCACAUCAGCUCACACUUGCACACUCGCCAGCACUGCUCAUUAUUUGAUGUAUCCCAUAUGUUGCAGAGCAAGGUGAUGGGGAAGGAUCGAGUGAAAUUCAUGGAGAGUUUGAUCGUUGGGGACAUUGCUGAGCUGAAAGAUAACCAGGGUACGCUGUCACUCUUCACCAAUGAAAAGGGAGGGAUAAAGGACGAUCUGAUAGUGACUCGGACUUCAGAUGAAUAUCUGUACAUUGUAUCGAAUGCUGGCUGUGCUGACAAAGACUCUGCCCACAUGAAGGAGAGACUGGCUGAGUUCAGAGCUGCUGGAAAUGAUGCUGACCUGGAGUUUUUAGAGGCGGGAUUGAUAGCGCUGCAAGGUCCAUCUGCAGCGCAAGUACUCCAGGAGGGUGUGUCUGAUGACCUUCAGAAGCUGCCGUUCAUGUGGAGUGCCAUGAUGACUGUAUUUGGGGUGCCAGGCUGCAGAGUGACUCGUUGUGGCUACACUGGAGAAGAUGGAGUGGAGAUCUCGGUCCCUAUUGAGCGCACAGUGGAACUAGCAGAAUCGCUGUUGAAGAACAGUGAGGUGAAACUCGCUGGACUUGGAUCGAGGGAUAGUUUACGCCUGGAGGCUGGACUUUGUCUUUAUGGAAAUGACAUUGAUGAGACCACCACUCCAGUGGAAGCGACACUUUUAUGGACCAUAGGAAAGCGGCGGAGAGCUGCCGCAGACUUCCCCGGAGCUGGGAUCAUCUUGAGACAGAUCAAAGAGAAAACUAAACGGAAACGAGUGGGUCUGAUGUCGGCUGGGCCCCCAGUCAGGCAGCACACGCCAAUUUUGAACCUUGACGGAAAAGUCAUUGGGGAGGUGACCAGCGGAUGCCCCUCUCCUUGUCUGAAACAGAACAUUGCCAUGGGAUAUGUGGAUACGGAGUACAGCAAGCCAGGCACUCCAAUAAAGGUGGAGGUUCGGAAGAAGAUAGUGGAUGCCACUGUCUCCAAGAUGCCCUUUGUACCAUCUAAAUACUACACUGUGAAGUGACUGUCUCAUUUUCAGAUUGAGUGAAAUGAACGCUUUGAAGAAGAUGACCAGAUUUAAUUAGGACUUUUAUAUUUUUAUGAUUAUUUUGUAUCUGUCUUUGGUUUACAAAGGUUAGCUGUUGACUUGUUCUGAUCCCCUAUCCUGCUGUGAUAGAAUGUUGUGUGCGUUUUCAGAAGGAUGGAUGAAAUUGCAUUUAAUGAAGAACAUGGGGAGGUCAUUGUUCAUUGCUGUCUAGAUUUGGGCCUUGCUCCAUUCAGCUGAUCAGCAAUCAUUUCUGUUCACGAAUCCAUACUGCAACUUGACAGCAAGGCCUACAGACGGUCAAUAAACACCACUCUUAACUGAGUAGAUCAACACCUUUCCUAUUGCAAUGGCAGAGAUCUGUGUACGAAGGCCUCAAGUUGUAGGUAGGAUUCUUCAUCCAGGCCUUCAAUUUGGGGAGCCAUGUGGGGGAGUGGUUUUUGUUUUACAUCCACUGCCUCUUUGACCAUGUGUGGCACGGUGGCUCAGUGGUUAGCACUGCUGCCUCACAGCGCCAGGGACCCAGGUUCAAUUCCACCCUCAGAUGACUGUUUGU